UUCGUGCUCCGUCCGCAUGGUUUUACUGGGACGCACUUUUACACUCAUAGUCUCAUACUGCUGUCUCCUUUAAGACCCUGCUUCCCUGUUUGGGGGUAUACAGCGGAUUAAAUAGCCGGGUACGCAUGCGCGGCAGGAGGCGGCCGGAGCCUACAUGUGUAAGAGGCGCAUUAUUUGGCAGCGUGAGCAGAGGCCAGGACUACCGGGGGGCCUCGGCUUGGACUACCGGAAGCCGCCGAUUCAGGAACAGGAUUGGCACAAUGACAGACGAAGCUUGUCGAACCAGAAGUCGGAAGCGGACACUAGAACGAGAGGUGACACAGAACGACGUGGACAGUAAAAAGAUUAAGCUGGAAAAGGGAAUGUUGGACAUUAAAGAAGACGGAGAUCUUCUAUUAAAGACCGAGUCCAAUAAAAUACCAGGAUUGCUGCAGAGUGCAGAAGUAAAAGCUACCAUCAAACUGGAGUUACCAGCUGGAGACGAGCCAAUGGAUAUGAGCACAUCGAAAAGUGAUCUGAAGAGAGAAAAGAGGGUUCCUUCUCCGGAUGUUAUUGUAUUGUCUGAUAAUGAGCCUUCUAGCCCAAGGAUGAAUGGAUUAACAAAAGUUUCAAAAGAGCCCAGCUCUGAAACUUUCUUGCUCAUGCGGAAGAGUAGUCCAGAGGAGCGGGAUCGGAUGAUAAAGCAGCUUAAAGAAGAAUUACGGUUAGAAGAAGCUAAGUUGGUGCUCUUAAAGAAGCUUAGACAAAGCCAGAUACAAAAGGAAACUGCCCCUCAGAAGGUGACAUCCCGCAUUUCUGGCACGGUUAUUCCUCCUCCUUUGGUACGAGGUGGACAGCAGGCAGCAUCCAAGCAGUCUACACAGAUAGUGAUGCCUCCUCUAGUACGAGGAGCCCAGCCCAUCUCUGUCUCUCCUCAUCAGAUUCAUAACAGCAGACAACAUCCAAGUACAGGGCCCCCUCCACUGCUUUUGGCACCACGGGCAUCUGUACCCAGCGUUCAGAUGCAGGGUCAGCGAAUCAUCCAGCAAGGCUUAAUCCGUGUGGCAAACGUUGGCAACACAAACCUGUUAGUCAACAUCCCGCAGGCAUCUCCAACAUCUUUAAAAGGAUCAACAGGAAACAGCAUCUCAAGUGCCAACUCUAAUGACUCUCCUGCCAGCCGACAAGCAGCAGCCAAGCUGGCUCUCCGCAAACAGCUGGAGAAGACUUUGUUAGAAAUUCCUGCCCCUAAGCCGCCAGCCCCAGAGCUUAACUUUCUGCCCAGUGCUGCUAACAAUGAGUUCAUCUACCUUGUUGGAUUAGAGGAGGUUGUACAAAAUCUGCUAGAAUCUCAAGGCUCAGCCAGUGAUCCGCUCCAAGAAGAUCAAAAAAGGUCUAAAGUUAACUGUAAAAUUUCUUCAGCAUCAUCAUCCCAUGAACCUUAUAUAUGUGCCAAGUGCAAAACUGACUUCACCAGCCGCUGGAGACAAGAGAAGAAUGGUACCAUCAUGUGUGACGUUUGUAUGUCCUCUAACCAAAAGAAAGCUCUUAAAGCAGAGCACACAACCCGACUGAAGGCUGCCUUUGUUAAGGCCCUGCAGCAAGAGCAGGAGAUUGAACAGAGGAUAUUACAACAGAGCUCUUCUCCUGCACAGACUAAGGCAGAUCAUUCUGUGCAACACCACUCUUUGAAACAGACCUCAAUAUCACGUGGACUAUCAGGGACCACGAGAGGCAUCUUGCACACGUUUCACCCUACGACCAAGCUACAUAAUGCUGCUACACUUGCUAACCGGACAGGAAAACCAGGAGAAAGUUCUCUGAACAAGAGUAACAUGGCAGGAAACUGGAAGAAAAGCGCCAUUAAUGCAGGAGGAACUUUAGCUUUUGUAAACCCUGGCCUCACCGUGCACAAAUCAGCAGCUGUGGACCGUCAACGGGAAUACCUCUUGGAUAUGAUUCCUUCUCGCUCAAUCACCCAAUCCUCUACAUGGAAAUAAUGAGUAUAGCCCUUGGGUGUGACCGUAAAAUACGCAAACCUUAAGAACGUGUCGGAUACAAAAAAAAAGACGGACUGUUUUGUACACUGUCCUUCACUUGUGGCUUUUUGGUGAAGGUUAUUCCUGUCCUACAAACCCCCCUCCUCUGGUCUGUGUGUACCACUAAUUCUUCUGUAGAUGGCAGGCUGAAUAGCAGUAUCUAAGAAGAGGUGCCUGGGGUACAGGGUUCUCAGUGGAGGAGAAUACAGGAAGAUUGUUGAGACACCAUUUUUAUCUUCCAGAUCUGAUUGGACUGUCCAGCAACUUGAAAUUUCACAUUAUUCUUGUCAUAUAUACACUUUUGUUUUAUCUUCCUUUUUAUUUUCAAUUUUUCAGCUCUGGCACCCUCAAACAUUUCUUCGGUUUCUCUGCUUCCAUGUGUAUUUUCCCAAAUUAAAGUCACCAACAACAAUGUGCUUUAUCAUGCCGAAACACCUUAAGCUUCAGAGGCUUUUUUUUUUUUUUUUUUUAUGUAUUCAUUUUCCUUGGGUGGCUUUGAAGGUGUAACUGGAUUUUUUUCUGCAUGGUUAAAUAAUCAGGUCCACUUCUGGUUCUGGAGCAGUCAGUCCAGACGGAACUAAAGCAUUUGUUGAUCACAACAAACCUAGAUAAGAUUAUAAAAAAAAAAAAGAUAUAUAUAUAUAUAUGUUUAUACCCCUCACUGGCCCUCUCACGGAACUUUGCAGUCAAAUGGAUUGUUGCAUUUGCAGAAGGAUGUUACGGUCAAAAGAGGCCAUAAAUUAUUUCCUAAACCCUUUAGCUUGCUUUUUAUUGGACUGAAGUUUUUGAAGGGCUAGAGGACAUGUUGGUGAUGGGGAGCUAAGGUCCCUGUUCAAGUUUUAAUGCUGCAUUACUUCAGAUUUCAGUUUUCACAAUCCUGUAACCUGUACAGUUCAGUCUAAUCCUUCCGCUGGCUUUGUAGAACAAUAUAUCAUCCCUCCUCUCAUAAGGAGAGAACAGUCUUAGCGCUCUUCUCCCCUCACCCCGGCGGUAAACUGGGUAUCAUUGCACUCUUCUGUUCAUCUGCUAAAGAAUUCUUCCUUUCUGAAAUUUUAUGUUGCUAUUUAAGACUGCGGGAGGCAGAGGAUUGGAACAAAAACAACAAACCUACAUAAAAUGUUAAAUCCUUGCCCUCUUAAAAAAAAAUAAUGUUUGUUUUAAUCCUCUUUCUGUUGUUUGGAUAUAAAUGUUUAGAUAAUUUUCAAUAUAUGCAGUUGCUUUAGGGUUUAGUGGGUUUUUUUUGUUUGUUUUUUCCCUCCUUCUCCUUAUUUUCUGUUAUAAAAAAAGAAAAACAAAAAACUAGAAUUUAAAGUUGACUUUUUGCGUGUAUGAUAAGUUAGAAAGGAUGAAAAAUUAUAUAUAUAUAUUUUUUUCCAUUCCAAAACAAGGAGGGCUAUUUCCAGGGGAAAGUGUAAAUGGCUGCAAUAAGUAUUUUUUUAUCCUAGGGAUGCUAUGCAUGUAAUGGGAUCAACGCAUACCCCUAGAGCAAUCCCUGUUUUUACUUGCCGUCAGUAAGGUACCCAGAAAUUUUGAUGGAUUUUGUAAUACGUUAUCACAGCAAUUUGUGAAUUUCUGAGUGCUUUAUUGAAUUGUAGCUGACUAUUUCUUGAAUUCAUGAACAUAUGUACACACAAGUGCAUUGCUAGUUUCAUGCCUUUUCUUUUUUUUUUUUUUUGUAUGUAUUCAUAAAUAUUUAUGCCCUCAUAUUUUGUAAAAUAACACAUUGUGGUCAGUUGACCUAUGGAGAGCUUCCUAGUAAUUGCAGUCAGCAUCGUUUCCAUUCUUUUAAAGGGGGCUGGCUGCACUUUUUUUUUUCUUUACCUUUUCCCUUGGGGCUGUAAGCUCAUCAGAUUUCUUUUCUUUUUCUUUUUUUAAAUAAAGGUAAAUUGCAGCAUUUUCAUAUUCCUUAACAUGUUUCUCAUCACCUCCUCUUUCAGGGAAGAGGACACAGUGCAUUUUUUAUUGCACUUCUAGCUUUAGGGGUACAGCUAUUUAGACUCCUCGAGGGGGGAAAAGAAUUGUGUGUGCCUGCUGGAAUGUGUGGGAGGCUGGGAUGCCCCAUCCCUGAUAGAACUAGCCAUUUCUAUUUAAUCACACUGGCCAGAAAAGCAUUCUCAAUAAUAUUAAUAAAUAACUAAGCCAACUUAAA